CUUUGUUGAAAAAAAGUUCAAUAGUAUUCAUUUUGUUGCCAAUUCUCAAAGCAGUUUAACGAAGAAAAUGAAACAAUUAACAUUAUUUUUAUUUCUGUUGAAUUUUCUGACAUGUUACUGUUGGAUUAACGACCUUCCAAAAUGCGACACCAAAAGCGGAACAAAAUUCCCGAAUGAUUUUCUCUUUGGAGCUGCUACGGCAUCAUAUCAAAUUGAAGGCGCUUGGAACGUUAGUGGCAAAGGAGAGAAUAUCUGGGAUCAUUAUCUUCACAAAUACCCUGAUCGAGUAUUAGACCACUCAAAUGCAGAUGUCACUGCUGAUAGUUAUCAUUUGUACAGGGAAGACAUAAAGGCGCUAAAAGACACAGGGUUCAAUUUUUACAGAUUCAGUAUUUCAUGGUCACGUAUAAUGCCAAAUGGAAUUGUGGCGUCGUUGAAUGCAGAUGGCAUUGAUUACUAUCAUCGAUUAAUUGAUGCGUUGAAAGAAAAUGGAAUUGAACCCGUUGUUACUAUGUAUCAUUGGGACCUUCCUCAAACUUUACAAGAAUUCGGGGGUUUCUUGAAUUCAAGUAUUGCGGACUAUUUUGAAGCUUAUGCUGAUAUUUUGUUUAAAGAAUAUGGAGAUAAAGUACAAUAUUGGAAUACUUUUAAUGAACCUUUAGAAGUUUGUGUUCCAUGUUACGAAAUGGGAGAAAAACCGCCAUUUAUUGAGAAACGAGGCGAAGGCGCUUAUCAGUGUGGACAUAAUUUACUUCUUAGUCAUGCUCGAGCUUAUCAUUUGUACCAAAAGAAGUAUAAAGCAACUCAAAAUGGGAAAAUUGGAAUUGCAUUAAAUGGAGAUGGCGUUCUUUUACGAAGCAAUACAACUUCUGCUUGGGAAGCUUUUGAACGAAAACAUUCAUGGGAUGUAAAUUGGUUGGUAUGCCCAUCCAAUUUUCUCAAAAACUGGCAACUAUCCUCCAUCAUGAUUUCAUCUGUAGCACAAAACAGCAUCGCCGAAGGUUAUAACAAGUCACGCCUUCCUGAGUUUACCCAAACUGAAAUCGAAUCACUUCGAGGCUCAGCUGACUUUUUAGGUCUCAAUUCUUACACGUCUCGUAUCACAGAGUUGGGCAAACUUAACAUCAGUGAACCAGCAUCCUUUUAUAAAGAUCGUAACGUCGAAGACUUUACAGAUCCAAGUUGGAAAAGAGCCAAAUCUCAAUGGUUAUAUUCCGUUCCCGAAGGUUUUCGUGAAUUAAUGCAUUGGAUUAGCACGCAAUACAAAGGAAUCGAAAUUUGGGUAACAGAAAACGGAUGGAGUGACGAUGGACAGUUGAAUGACUUGGAUAGAAUUCAAUAUUAUUCAGAACAUUUUCGGGUGUGUCUACAAAGUAUUUCGUGCGAUAACGUCAACUUGAAAGCAUUUACUGCAUGGUCUAUAAUUGAUAAUUUCGAGUGGAUGAAAGGCUUUACUGAAAAAUUUGGAUUGUAUCAAGUCAACUUUAAUAGCACGACGAAGGAAAGAACCGCAAAAAUGUCAGCUUAUUACUUCAGAGAUAUAAUUAAGAGUCACGCUUGGAAGUAGAAUAAAAAUGGACAACAUAACAAGAAUUGUUUGAUGAUAAGACCUUCAUUCAAAAAAUAUUUUUAAAAUAAAUGAAUGUUUAAAUAACUGAUAACGUAACAAAAACUUUGAGAAAGCUCAAGGGUAUAGUUUUAAAAAAAUAGUAAAUUUUUAACUGUUUAAAGUCUGUCUGAGUAUUUACCAUAACUUUCGACUUUUUGAAAAAAAAAAUUAUUU